AUGUCGCCCUCCCCGCUCGACAUCGUCCCGCAAGAGGUCCUGGAGCACAUCGCCUUCUUCGCCGCCUCCGCCGACCCCAUCGGCCCGCCCGCCGACCUCGUCCCGCUCCUGCUCGCCAACCGCCGGCUCGCCGCCGCCCUCUCCAGCGCGUCCAACCCGCACCUCCACGCCCGCAUCUUCGCUGCAAAGUUCGACGCACGCGCCCCGCUCCGCCGCCUCGGCCCCCGCGCCACCGCCCCCGCCCAGCUCGCCGCCGACCUCCGCCGCCGCUUCGUCCUCCUCCAGCGCAUCCGCAUGCACGUCGGCUGCUUCGUCCACCCGACCUCCGCCGCCGCCGACCCCGACGACCCCGAGACCCACCAGCUCGUCAGCGAGAUGCUCUGGACCGUGUACGUCAUGAUGCUCGAGAACGACGGCAGGAACGAGCGCCAGCUGCGCGAGUACGCGCACAUGGACGCCUGGCUCCGCGACUACUGGUUCGACCCCUCCGGCGCGUCCGGCGCCCGCAUCGCCAUCGCCAGCAACCAGUGGCCUCGCAACACAGAGCUCUCCGCCGUCGCCAUGUGGCUCUUCUGGUUCCUCCUCCGCCCCGAGGACUACUUUCUGGACGAGCUCAACUUCCCCAGCGUCAUGAGCACCCUCAAGAUCAUCGCUCUCGCCGCCCACAAGUACCCGAUCUGCCAGCCCUCCUGGACCCCCUACGUCCCCCGCCGCCCGCCCCCACACCACACCCACCCCGUCCCCACACAAAGCCACGGCGCCUACCCGCCCCUCGCCCCGCCCCCGCUCGCCGCCCCCGCCAUCCUCGCCUACCUCGCCCUCGCGCCGAACCACCGCCCCCACGCACCCCGCACCCUCCUCACCCCGCACGCGUCCCCGCUCCCCCCCUCCGCCAUCUCCGCCGACCUCCCCAUGAGCGCAGAGUGGGACAGCGAAUGGCACCGCUGCCUCGCGCUCGCGGGCGCUCCCCCCGACGCCGCGGCGGACGCGGACCCGCCCGCCCGCGCGUUCAAGCUCGGAAGCUUGGAAGGCGUCUGGGAGGGCCUCUUCACGGCAGGUUACACCGACUUUACGGCGUACGCCGCGCUCCUCUCCGGCGCCGCCCCGCCCACGCUCCACCAGAGCGUCGUCGCGCGCCACCCGCAGACGUGGAAGCUGCGCGAGUACCACCUGCUCGCCCCGGAGCCGUCCGCGCACGCCCCGCGCCGCCGCAACAGCCACGCUGACGCUGGCAACGGCGGCGACGUUGGCGAAAACGAAGGCGAAGGCGAAGGCGAAGGUGAUGGCAAAGGUGAUGGCGAAGGCGGCGACGACGACGCGUACCGCCCGCUCUCCAUCGGCGACCCGCUGCGCGCGUUCUUCCCCCCCGGCGUCGACAUACAGCUCACGGGCGACGCCGCACUCGUCCGGGAACCGACGCGCGCCGGCGUCUCGCGCUACGAGGCCGCGCGCGCGCACGGCGGCGGGCACGGAGGAGGUGCGGCAGGGGACGCGGACGCGGACGCGGAGGAGGAGAAGGAGUACGCGCGCCGCGUGCGCGAGGUGCUCGUCGUGGGAGAGGUCAGUGCGCCCGCGAGCUCCCGCGUGCGCGUGCGCGUCGUUCUGACCGGACAUUCUUCGUGGGGCGUCUUCAACCUCCUGGGCCGCAUCCGGCCCGACGACGGCUUCAUCAGCAUCUCGAAAGAAUACGUCGACGGCGACCGCGGGCGGUGGCUCUACCGCGGCUACCUCGUCGGCGACCGGCACGGGAACCUCGUCGGGCGCUGGCGCGAUACGCUCAGCCCGAUCGGCGUCGCUGGGUACGAGGGCUGCUUCUUCAUGGGUCGGCGCGGGGCUGGGGCUGGGGCUGGGGCGGGCGGCGGCGGGGACGCGGGCGGCGGGCGGUGGGAGCGCAGGUGA